AUAAUACAUGCUAUAUUGGUUUGUGUAUUCGUUUACUAGUUAAUUAUUAGAACUUUAGAUGGCAAAUCUGUCGCAUAACGUCAUUUGCAGUAAACGCAGAUCUUUCAUCUAUUUACAAUAUUAUUAGCACUUAUGCAGUGUAUAAACAGUGAGUUAAAUUUAUAAAUAAACUUUAUGAAUAAUAUUUUGUGAUAAAUUUUAAAGUCGUCCUAUAAUAAGCAGUUACUCGAAAUCGCAAUGCCAAAAAUUGUGGUGCGAGAAUGUGAAACAAUUAAAAAUAAAAUAUCUGUUAGACGGCCAGGUAAAACAUCAACAGAACGUUCACGUGAAUUUAGAGAGCGGAAAAAGGCUUUAAAAAAUGCAGCUAGCCAAGAGUUGAAUAUCUCAUCGUCCAUCAUUACAAAAACUAAACCAAAAACUCCAGCAGAGCGUAGUCGUGACUACAGAGCUCGAAAAAGACAAAAAUAUGAAGAAAAUCAAGAGUCAAAUUAUUUGACGCGAAUCACUGUUGAAGUUGAAGUACAUCAAGAACAAGAAAAUUCUCAACCUUCGACUUCGACUUUACCAAUUGAAAAAAAUAAAACUUCAAGAGAACGUGUUCGUGAGUUUAGAGCAAGAAAAAAAUCAUUGACAAACCUUUCAGAAAACAUUAUUGAAGAUUUUCAAACAUCAUCAAAUAUUAUUAAUGCUAAUAAUAAUAAUAAUAACAAUAAUAACAAUAAUGGUGAUAAUAAUAAUAUUAAUAAUAAUAAUAUCGAUGAUGAAAAUCAUAAUGUCAAUAUUAGAAAUAAUACGAGACGUAUUCAAGAUAAUGAUUUACGUGUACCUUAUUCUACUUUUCACAGGCAUCAAAAUGCUCACAAGGAAUUUAAGGAAAAAUUUAUCAAUAACUCGUUUGGGCAUGUUUGCUCAGUAUGUGAUAGAUUGUGGUUUGAAGAAGAUUUAAAAUCUGCAUCUAUUCAACACAAAGAGAUAUUAAAUAUAAUUCUUCCUCAUGUGUCAAACGACAAAAUUGCUUUAUGCAACACAUGUCUUAACGCAUUAAACAAAAAUAACAUUCCAGUAAUGACUGUAUAUAAUGGGUUCAAAUAUCCACAAACUAAAUUUAUAAUUUAUAUUAAUUUUCAACACUUUUAAUAUUUUAAUGACAAUUAAAUUCCUAACAUAUCUUCCUUUUUCCCUUCCUUUAAGUCUCGGAAAUCUAAAGUUUUAGAUUUGUAUAAAUAUAGACAAGACUGAUAAAUUAGUUCGCCAAAGAAGUUUCACUUCUGACAUGUGUACUUUGUACGCACGCACUUUUUUUUUGUAACUUUUAUUUUAAAGAAGGUAGUAAAUUAAGGGCCGCACUAUAUCCCAUGGUUAACGUGAAUUUAACGGUAAUUUUUAAAGAAAAUUUAUUUUCGUGUACAAACAUUAAUAUAGUUAAAUCUGAAUGAUAAACAGAAAUUGAUUUGAGAAGAAUUAAAUUAAUCUUCCCGCCUGUGAGAACGUAAAUCAUGGAAAUGAACUGAGACACAGACAAAUGGACAGACUCAGGUAAAUGAAUUUGAAGCUAGAAUAGCUACAGUCUUAUUGAUGAACUCAAUGCUAUCUGGUCUGACUUCAGACUCAAGCUGUCGAAAGAUUUAUAAAAUUAGUAAUUGCACUAUUAUCAAAAGUAUGUGAUCUACAUUCACGAGAAGAUUAUAUCAGUGAUAAACUACAAUCUUGUGAAGAAAUGGAGUUAUAAAGAAGAAUAUAAAAUACAACUAAAUAUUUACGAUAGUAACAAUAAUGUUUCGAUAAAUUAGUUUUAAUAUUUUCAGUAAUCAAGCUUUUAGUUAAUAAUUAACGUGUUGUCCCCUGUGAAGUGAAUUAGACGUUCAAAGAAAAAAAUUAUUUCAUAAUUUUUCAACUUCGUUUUUAUCAUAAAUUUUAUUUUUACGGCUUUUCAACAUUUACUAGGUCGAAUCGGUUCAAAUGUUUAAGAAAUUAAGCUUAAUGGAACUUUUUUGAAAGACCACAUUUCGGAAACAAAUACACACACACACAUCGAAAUUUUGCUGUCUGAUGAAAUUUCGAUUUUUUAGAAUUGAACUGAAAACAAUAAUUUUCCGAAUUUUUAAAAAUUUUUAAUUUUAUUCUGACAUUAAAAAUUAAUAUUCAAAUAGAAAAAGGUAUUACCUCUGUUAUUUAGAGAAAAACACUUCUUUUGAAACACACGUUAAAAAAAUGCUUUCUCUUGUGUCUAUUGAGUGCACUGCAAAAUUAUAUUAUGUGAUGAUCGAAUAAGUAUAAAAUUCCUAAAAAUUGAAAAUUCGUAACCUCAAGGGUAUCUGAUACACUGUAAAAAGAAAAAAAAGAAGGAGAACUUUGAGCACUAGGUUUAGAAGAUGUGGGUCACGAAUCCUCUCAGUUCGUUUAUAAGUUGCAAUCCGCUCAUGACAUUUGUCUUUUAAUUCUUUACUGAAAGAAGGAUUACUAUUCUAGCUAAGCUCCUAUUUAAGUAUUAGUGCAAACAUCCAAAGAAAGAAAUAACUCUUGAAGCAAAAAAAAUUUUGUUUGAAUCAAAAUUUUUAAAUAGCAAAUUAUUUGCUAUAACUAAAAAAAGUUU